UACCCUUCAACUUCACGUAAGACUAUCAAGCAAAAAAGUACGCCCUAAAAAAAUAAAAUAAAGGUACUCCUUUUCUAGUUACAUUACCAAUAGUACGAUGCGAAGGCUUUGGCAUCGAUUAAACGUGCCUAGUCCAUGUAUAUAUUGCACGCAAACACUUCUCUUCCCCCCACUUUUAUCGAGACCUUCUCUCUUUUCUAAAUCAUACCAAACCCUGUUUCCUUCACCAUUGAAGACCGCUCGAGAAACAAGCACCGAAGUCCACACUAAUAAACCCGCGCUUCUUGCUGAUUUUUAUCGUUCGCUUUCAACACAAGACAUUGAUUGCAUUUGGCCCUUGUAUACCUACCUCUACACCAACGACUUACUCUCUACCCUAACUCGCAAAAAUUUUCACCACAUCUUUUUAUACACCAUUCGAGCUCGUGCCAGUCAAAAAAACCUGCUUCGAUUAACAGCUCUGACAGACGACAUGCGAAAACGUGGCUUUCAGUUACGCUUAAACGAAUACAAUUCAUUGAUUCAUUGGGUGGGAGGUAAAACUGUGCCCAACUUACACCCCCACCAUCUCUUGGACGCAUUGAAAAUAUUCGAAGACAUGCAAAAACCAGAGUUGGUGACAGAAGCAGGCGAAAUUAUCCAAAAGGAACCCGUACAACCCUCCGUCGUGACAUUCAAUACUUUGAUUGAUAUUGCAGUGCAACUGUCAGAUAUUAGAACAGCUCAGAGAUUGUAUCAUGAUAUGGUUUCUCGUCAUCUUCAGCCUGACGUCUACACCUAUUCGUCUUUAUUGCAUUCAAUGGGAAAGAUGGGUGAUGUGAGUGGAAUGGAUCAUAUGCUGAACGACAUUCGAAAUAACGGAUUAAAUACCAUGGCCAAAAAUACAGCGAUAUGGAACGUGGUGAUGUCAGGGUAUGCAUGUAAUGGAUUUAAGGACAGGACCUACGCCAUGUUUGAACAGAUGGUCGAAGCUUAUUCAAAGGACCAGAAAAAGAAGAAGAAGAAACAUAAAUCAAAGAUCAACUCAACCACACAACCAGCGCUAAAACAAGUGCCAAUAACAGAUGCUGAAAGCUAUAGGAUCUACAUUGAUUUAAUGGUUCACGAUAAUAGACGGGAUGAAGCGAUUCGAGUGCUUUAUAAUAUGGAGACAUUGGGUAUCAAACCAACCAUCACGAUAUACAACACUUUAUUUGGAUCCUUUAUGAAAUCCACUAAAUUUCACUUGUAUGAUGAAGAAGUCGAUCCAGAACAAACUGUGAAAUUGAACACCUUACAGCAAUUAUAUAAAUCUAUGAAAGAUACUCAAGUGAAGCCGAAUUCUGAAACUAUGUAUACCCUCGUAUCAGCUUUUCUUGAUUUAGGUGAUACCAAAUCUGCACUAGGAGCUUUUGUAUCCUUAAGUAAUAUGUCUCAAACUCUCUCCACACCACCAGCAAGAAAAAGUAUACAAUCUAAUUCAGUUGCAACCUUAGCGAAAGAACGCUUAUUGCUUGCCAAUAGGGAUCCAACUAAAAUAGAACCUUAUCAAGAAUUAUUAGACAGGCUGAACGGUGUAGUAACAAAAUCUCUGUAAUUUUUCUUUCUCUUUCUCUUUGCCAAAAAUCAAUCCAAACCCCCAAAAUUGUAUAUUAUAAUA